AUGGAUUCCGAAUCUGCCCUGACGGCUGCUCUCGUCGAUCCGCAGCUCGAAUUGACGAGCCAGGGCACAGCCAACGAAGGCAUGCAAUAUCAAUACCCCCUCUCAACUUCAACAGGAUUUGAACCGUGGAAUCCCAUGUUCGAAUCAAUAGGGGAAUUCGCCCAAGCCGCACAGGACAUGGAGAUGAUGGAUUCGGACUUUCACAGCGAUGAAUCCUCUUCCGUGUCCUUCUCCCUCGGAACAGAGCAGGAUAUGCAAUUCCCACUGUCCCCGCUGGGGAACUCUGCCAGCAUAGAUGAGUCGCCAGGCGGCACAUCCAUCUCUACGGGACUCUCCGAGGCGAGCACCAGCACAGACAAGAAGACGCCAAAGGCCAAAAAGCCACGCCGGCGCCGCAGCGAGGCGGAAAAGAAGGAACAGAUUAAGCAGCGGAACAGGGUGGCCGCAUCAAAAUGUCGACAGAAGAAGAAGGAAAAGGUGGAUGAGCUCAAGGACAUGAAGUCGAGUCUGGAGGCGCGCAACCACGACCUCCACAUGGAGUACCAGCGCCUUCGCCAGGAGAUUGGCCAGGUCAAGAGCGAUCUAAUACACCAUACCGAGUGCAACGAUCCCAACAUUAACCGCUGGGUCGAGAAUGAGGCCAGGGGCUACGUGGAGAAGCUGGUGCGCAACGACGAGCAGCAGCGCAUGGGGAGCAUAUGCAGCGCUGACGGAACUGUCGACGCGUUGAAUAUGCGCUCCCUCCAUGAAGUUGAGGAUCCAUACAUGGGGCUGGCUUGA